UCAAAAUAGCACCAACAAUUAACUUGCUCUCUGCCCCAAACCUCAGCCACCACCUUCCGCCGCUCCCAUUUCCGUCCAACUACCGUCGCCCAUCCGCCCACCCGCCCACCGCCGUCGCAAUGCUCACUCUCGGUGGCAGAAAUCGAACAUGAAUCAUCAACCUUUAUUCCCCAUUUUCCCUAAUUUCUCUCAUUCAUCAAUUUUCUAAUCCCAAAACCUCUGCAAAAACCUAGAUUUUCUACUAUGAGAGUAGCUACUUUGAUUCAGCGUCCCUUUUUCGGGCAUUUCGCAUCUUUUAGCAAGCUGAUUCAAUCACGUCUAUCCACUGAAAAGUCCGACCCAUUGACCCAAAUUAUCUCAAUUCUUGAGAAUUCUAACCCCAUUGAACAAUUUCUUGAUCCAGUUGCCGACAUUCUCAAUCAUCGUAUUGUGUCAUCAAUCAUGACAAAACCCCCAAAUUUUCAAGUGGGGUUUCGAUUUUAUAUCUGGGCAAUGAAUCGGAGGUCGCUUCGAGCUAGGAGUUUGAAUGAUUUGGUCAUUGAUAUGAUUUUGAAGGAGAAUAGUGGGUUUGAUCUUUGUUGGGAAACCCUAGAUGAGGUUAAGCAAUGUGGGUUUGAUGUCCCAGCUGAGGUGUUUUUCGUGUUGAUGUCGGGUUAUUGGAAGGCGGGCAAUCCAGAAAAGGCGGUCGAAUCGUUUGGUAAGAUGAAGGAUUAUGAUUGUAAACCUGAUGUUCAUACUUACAAUGCGAUUAUUCAUAUUAUGGUGCAAAAACAGGUGUUUUUGUUGGCAUUAUCUUUGUAUCAUCAAAUGUUGAAGUUAGAUUGUAGUCCUAAUAUAGCUACCUAUAGCAUUUUGAUUGAUUGUUACUGUAAACUUGGGAAGAUCGAAGAUGCCCUUAAUAUGUUUGAUAAAAUGAUAGGGAGUGGGAUAUCUCCUGAUACCAUAAUUUAUACGAUUGUACUUUCGGGUUUGUGUUUAGCUAAUAGGACAUAUGAUGCUCAAGUUUUGUUGAAUAAAAUGAUAAGUAGUGGGUGCCUUCCUGAUUCAAUUACAUAUAAUGCUAUGCUUUCGGGGGUUUGCAAGACGGGUGGGAUUGAUGAAGUAUUCGGGCUAUUGAAGUCGUUUCAGGAUCAAGGGUAUACAUUAGGGAUUAAAAGUUAUAGCUGUAUUAUUUACGCUUUGUUUAGAGUUGGGAGAUUCGAGGAAGCUAACUCGUGGUUUCGGAAACUAUGUGAGGAAAAUAUAACUCCUGAUCUUAAAGUAUACACUAUUAUGAUUCAAGGUUUUACAGAGGCAGGAAAGAUUAAGGAUGCUUGGACAAUGGUUCAAGAGAUGACGGAAAGAGGUGUAGUUCCAGAUACUCAAUGUUAUAAUGCAUUGAUCAGAGGGUUCUGUGAAAUGGGUCUCUUGGAGGAUGCACAGUCCCUUAAGCAUGAGAUGUCAGAGAACAAUUGCUUCCCUGACACAUGUACUUAUAACCACCUCAUAUAUGGCGCUUGCAGAAAUGGAAAGGUGGAGGAAGCUAAGCAAAUCUUUGAAGAGAUGGAGAAAGCUGGAUGCUUUCCUUCUGUUAUAACAUUCAAUACACUCAUUGAUGGGCUAUGCAAGGCUGGAGAAUUUGAGGAAGCACGUCUCUUGUUUUAUAAGAUGGAGAUAGGUACAAAUCCUUCUUUGUUUCUUCAUCUUUCUCAAUGCACUGACCGUGCACUGGACAGAGAAAGCCUACAGAACUUGAUUGCUAGGUUAUGCGAUUCAGGGUUGUAUCUAAAGGCAUAUAGAAUUUUAAUAAAGCUGACUGAUAAUUGUGUUUUACCUGAUAUUACUACUUAUAAUAUCCUCAUAAAUGAUCUGUGCAAGAAUAAAAACAUUAACGGAGCUUUCAAGCUUCUUAAAGAAUUACAAUUCAAGGGAUUAUCUCCUGAUUGUGUAACUUAUGGAACCCUUAUUGAUGGGCUUUAUAAAGUUGAUGAAGAAGAGGAAGCAAUUCGUUUGCUAAAUGAUAUGAUGAAGAGUGGGUGUUUGCCCCAAUCUGAUGUCUAUAAGACAAUAAUGACUUGGUUAUCCCGCAAGAGGAAGGUUUCAAUUUCCUUUUCUCUGUGGCUGGAUUACCUUAGAAGCCUUAAAAAUCGGGAUGAUGAAGCAAUUAAACUGAUUGAAGAACAAUUUGAGAGAGGAGAAUUGGAGGAUGCAGUCCGAGGGUUGCUGGAAAUGGAUUUUAAGUUGAACAACUUUGACGUGGGACCAUAUACAACAUGGUUAAUAGGGCUAUGUCGAGUUGAUAGAGUAGAUGACGCUAUGAAGAUUUUUAACGUUCUUCUAGAAUUUGGUGUCACUGUGGCUUCAUCGAGUUGUAGGAAGCUAAUACAGACUCUCUGCUCACAAUCAAAAUUGGAUCUGGCUGUAAAUGUUUUCCUUCAUACUCUAGAAAAAGGGACAAUGGUGGAGCCAUCAGUUUGCAAUAGGUUACUUUGCGCUCUCCUGCGUUCUAAAGCCUUUGUGAAUCGUGCUUUUGAUAUUCUAGGCAAAAUGGAUUCAAUGGGUUAUGACCUAGAUACUCAUCUUGAACAAAGAACAAAGUCACUCUGGCAGUAUCAUUUAUACAUGCAGGAAUCAGCGGUGGCUGGCUAAUUUGUUCCCCUUGGAUUCACCCGAAUGAAGGUUCGGUGUAUCAACAGAAGCUUUGUGUUUUGAAUUGGUAAGGUGUGACUUUGGAAGAAUAAGCUCCCAGCUCUGUUGUUGCAUUGGGUAGAUCAGACGUGGUCUUGAUGAGAAUAUUGUCAUUAAUAAAGUUCUUGGACCAGGAUCUAGGGUCAUGGACUCAUGGUAGCAAUGGAGAAUGAUCAUAAUUGAGCUCUGACUAUUCUAUGACUCUAUGUAUUGCUGCUAAGAUCAUGAUAUCAUGUGGCCUUUGAAGGGACAUUACACCAGGUUGUCCAGUGUCUAGUCUACUACUCCUUAGGAAGAAGAGGGCAUCUACUAGGGAUAUAAGUGUGAUAUGCUCCAAAUUUGAGCUCCGUUGUUGAAAACUACUCAUUUGAGGGUGGUUCUAUGCAAUUGGAACUGCAGAGCAUGGUGAAGUUUUCAAGUCAUCUGAGCUUUGUAUACCUGCUUUUAGGCACCUUUUGAUCACAUUGGUUGUCUUGCUGGUUUGAAAGAGUGCAUUCACAAGGACAAGAAAUUGAAGGGCAAAAAUGCACAAGAGGUCUGCCCCUAUCAAGGGAGGCUGGGAGCUGUACAAGCAGAUCAGAGGAAGCAGUGUUUGACUGAGCAUUGCAGAAAGGCUAAGGUCUCAAGUGAGCUUUGUAUCAAAACUUUGCUUGGUUCUUUUUGCUGAUGAAGCUAGAAGAGCCAGCUGAAACACUUAACACAGGGUAGCUUCUUGGGAAUGAAAUGGGAAAAUGACUUGAUGUGCGACAGUUUUUUUUUUUUCUUGGAAUAAUUAUCGAAAUCACUUUUUUCUUAUUUCUUAAAUUUGAGCAUAACUUUGAUACAAUUUGUAAUGACGUGAUGCGUCAUUGAUAGUCAACGUAAUGAGAUUAAGAUUAUGAAAUAAUUGCAGUGUUGCGGUUGCCUA